UCCAACAGUUGUCAGUCCAUCAGAGCUGUUGGGCCUGACCACCGCCUGGCUUUUCUCUGGCUCUCCUGCAGCGACUGUCUUGUCUGUUGGUCUUUGCAACAAUGAAGAUCAAACUAAGCUGACUGUGGCGUUCAUGUCCCAAGAAGAUGGACAUACCUGGGUAUUAUACACAACAGCCUCAGCCUCCUGUCCAUUUCUCUGGUAGACAUCCAGAGGAUUUGUUAACCCAGGAGGGUUCAUCAACAUCUCAGGAACAAAAGACUGAGGCAGACAGUCGGUCAGAGUCAGAGGAGAGCUGUCCGGUUUGUGGUGACAAAGUGUCAGGAUACCACUAUGGACUGCUUACCUGUGAGAGUUGCAAGGGCUUCUUUAAGCGCUCAGUGCAGAAUAACAAGCAUUACACCUGUUCAGAGCAACAACGCUGCCCAAUGAACCCGUCCCAAAGAAAACGUUGCCCUUACUGCCGCUUCCAGAAGUGUCUGGCUGUAGGCAUGAGAAAAGAAGCUGUAAGAGCAGAUCGUAUGAGAGGUGGCAGGAAUAAGUUUGGGCCUCUGUACAGACGCGACAGGCAGAUGAAACAGCAAAAGGCAAACACAGAUCCCUGCAGGAUUAAGAUGGAAACGAGGCAAACACCUGGUCCCCAAUCUCCAAAUGACCAUCGAAUAAGUGGUCCAACAAGCAAUACAUCGUCUUCAGUUGCUUUUCAUCUAUCCCACAUUAUGUAUCCGUCUGAGAUGGAGCAAAGUUGUCAACCCAUGCCUCUGGACUGUACCAUGAACAAUCAUAGAGUGCUAUCAUCUCCAUCCUUGCCUUUCCGUGGACUUUGUUGUGGUUUCCCUGAAUACUCACAGCAUAAAGGGGAAACCAGCUUCAGCUACGACCCCAUUCCCACACACUUUGCAGUCCAUUCAUCCACACCAACAUCUUCCCCCUGCUUCACACCAAGCUCAGCACCUGCCAUUUCCCAGGCUGGUACUCAGACAACACCUCCACCAACCACUCCUUUUCCCAGCUUCCUCAUCCAGCUCCUGGAGGGUGAACAAGAUGAGGGUCAGCUACGCACCAAAGUCUUGGCGAGUCUGCAAAGAGAGCAGGCCAAUCGAGGGAAGCAUGACUGCCUGAAUACAUUCAGCAUCAUGUGCAAAAUAGCUGACCAGACUCUGUUUGGACUUGUGGAGUGGGCCAGAAACAGCAAUCUCUUUAAAGAGCUCAAGGUGGAUGAUCAGAUGUCACUCCUGCAAAGCUGUUGGAGUGAGCUGCUGGUCCUAGACCACCUCUGCAGACAAGUCCUUCAUGGAAAAGAAGGUUGUAUUUAUCUGGUCACAGGUCAACAGAUUGAAGUGUCAACCAUUAUGUCCCAGGCUGGAACAACAUUAAGUAGUUUAGUAUCAAGAACUCAAGACCUUGUUUUCAAACUUAAGGCACUCCAGUUUGACAGACACGAGUUUGUUUGUCUUAAAUACCUUGUCCUGUUCAACCCAGAUGUGAAGUCAGUCCAGAACCGCAGACAAGUAGAGCAAACUCAGGAGAGGGUGAACAGAGCCCUCAUGGAACAUACCCAGCAGAGCCACCCGGGACACUUGGACAAGUUUGGGCAGUUGCUUCUUCGGCUCCCAGAGGUGCGCAGCAUUAGCUUGCAAGUUGAGGACUAUUUGUACCAGCGCCACCUUCUUGGAGAUUUACCCUGCAACUCUCUGCUUGCGGAGAUGCUGCACGCUAAGCACAACUAGGAGGGUGUUGAAGUUUGAAAAAUGAUCACCUUCAAAGAUGUUCUAAGAUGAAGAUGGGUCAUGCUAUGAGGUUUCCUAAUCAGUGUUAAAUGAGGACCCAGGUGUCAUCUUAUUUCAUGUAAACAGGAAAAGCAAAACUGUUCAACAAAAGCAAUAAAAUACAUCCAGUAAAGUCAA